AUGACAGAUACCACAGAUGGACCUGUAUUGCUGGAAAAUCCACACGUUGUGGAGGUACCAGAGAUCUUGAAGCAUUAUAACGUCACUCUGGACAAAGGGCUGAACGAUAAACAGGUGACUCAGCACAGGAAGUUAUUUGGAGCUCACACAUUCGCCAAGACCAAAAAGGCGUCACUGUUUCAACUCCUAAUCUCCCAAUUCGAUGAUCUACUGGUCAGGAUUCUGCUACUCGCAGCAAUCAUCAGCUUCAUACUCACGUUUCUGGACAUCAAGAGCGAAAGGAACAUAUCAGACUAUAUAGAGCCCAUGGUCAUACUUGUAAUACUGGUGCUCAAUGCCAUAGUUGGAGUAUGGCAAGAGGCGAAUGCAGAACGAGCAUUGGACGCCCUAAAACAGUUGCAGCCGGAAUUGGCCAGUUGUCUACGAAAUGGAAAGUGGAUCACAAUGGGAACAGAGGAACUGGUUGUAGGUGAUGUUGUAAGGAUCAAAAAUGGCGAUAAAAUACCAGCGGAUGUAAGAGUCGCAAAGAUUUUUUCCACGUCAUUGGCGGCUGAACAGUCUCAGCUUACUGGAGAAUCCUCCAUCGUUUUCAAGACGUCCAACGCACUACCAAAGUCAAUGGAAUCCUGUGAGAUUCAAAGCAAAAAGAACAUUCUCUUUUCAUCCACAACUAUCACGUGUGGAAACGCUGUUGGUAUCGUGGUUGCAACGGGCAUGUCCACAGAAAUUGGAGCUGUGCAGUACGCAGUUAUGGAGGCUAGUCAGUCAGAAUCCACGACUCCCCUGCAAAAAAUGCUCCACGACUUUGGUGCAACCUUGUCAAAGGCUAUUAGCGCAAUUUGUGUGAUUGUCUGGGUAAUCAACUUUAAAAACUUUGCGGAUCCCAUCCACGGCUCAAGAUUACGCGGGUGUAUCUACUAUUUCAAGAUUGCAAUUGCACUUGCCGUUGCGGCAAUUCCCGAAGGAUUGCCCGCUGUAAUUACAACAUGUUUGGCAUUAGGAACUCGCAAGAUGGCAAAGAGAAAUGCAAUUGUCAGAAAAUUACCCUCUGUGGAAACAUUGGGAUGUACAACUGUCAUUUGUUCCGACAAAACUGGUACGCUAACCACUAACAAGAUGACAAGUCUACUCUUGACCCUCUUUAAUGAAAAUGAUGAAUUAAAGUACAUUCACGUCCCAGCGGUUGGACAUGAUAUCAGGGUAACGUUGGCUCCUACUGAUCCAGUGGAUGCAUCCACACCACUUUCUAUUGCUCAGUCAUUUGAUUCUCCCAUUGAUGUUCCUACAAAUGUAUUUUGUCAAUGCGCAUCACUUUGUUCUGAUGCGGUUGUCACUGUGGAGAAUGGAAAGGUAGCCAUUGAGGGUGAACCUACUGAAACUGCAAUUUUGGAGCUUGUGGAUAAACUUGGAAAGUGUUUGGAGGAUAACGAUACUACACAUAUCGAUGAGCUUGGUCGUUUUGCAUUCAAGUCAUCAUGUCUUCCAGAGGCAUAUAGGAAAAGGAUUAAAAAGGAGGCAACACUGGAAUUUUGUAGGCACAGAAAAAUGAUGAGUGUGUUGACUAGCUGCUCUGGAAAGGUCACUCUAUUUUCAAAGGGAGCUCCAGAAAGUAUUUUGGAGCGCGCUACAUCAUACUUGCGUCCAGAUGGCACCGUCGUUCCGCUAACCCCUAAAAUACGUGCACUUGUGCAAAGACAACUAGACUCAAUCGCUAGCCAGGCUCUACGUACGCUUGCAUUUGCUUACAGGACUGAUGCUCAGGCUAGUCUAGACCUGUACAAGGAAAGGAGUGGUAAGGAUGUCUCAGAGGGCACUCCCAAAUUCUUUAAGGAAAUUGAAAAGGAUCUUGUAUUAAUUGGUCUUGUAGGAAUUAUGGAUCCUCCGAGACCAGAGGUUCGUGCAUCAAUCACAAAGUGUCUAGACGCGGGAAUACGCGUAAUCAUGAUUACUGGAGACAACAAGAUUACCGCAGAAGCCAUUUCUCGUCAGGUUGGAAUAAUUAGGGAUGAUGGAAAAGAAGGCGUCAACUACUUUUCAUAUACUGGAAAGGAAUUUGAAGAUUUGGCGCCAGAGGAUCAAAAAUUGGUACUCUCUGUAGAAUCCCUCGUAUUCUCCAGGACAGAACCAAAGCAUAAGCAGAAUAUUGUGAGCAUACUUAAGGAAUUAGGAGAGACUGUUGCCAUGACCGGUGAUGGUGUUAAUGAUGCACCUGCACUUAAAAUGGCUGAUAUUGGUAUUUCCAUGGGAAUUACUGGUACAGAGGUUGCGAAGGAGGCAUCAGAUAUGAUUUUAGCUGAUGACAACUUCCAAACCAUUGUAGCAGCUAUAGAAGAGGGUCGUUGCAUUUAUAGCAACAUGAAGGCAUUUAUACGAUACCUCAUAUCUAGCAAUAUUGGAGAAGUCGUCUCAAUAUUUUUAACUGCUGCCCUAGGCAUCCCAGAGGGAAUGCUUCCUGUCCAACUUCUUUGGGUCAACUUGGUUACAGACGGUCCUCCAGCAACUGCUCUAGGUUUUAAUCCUCCAGACCUGAACAUUAUGAAAAAGGGACCAAGGAGUAAAAAUGAUAGAUUGAUUGAUUUGUGGACACUUUUCAGAUAUCUAGUGGUUGGAACUUAUGUUGGUUUUGCUACAACUGGAAUUUUCAUCCAGUGGUACGUUUGGGGAAUUAGUCCCAGUGAUGGAAAUCCCCUUGUAACGCUCAAUGAGCUCAUGCACUGGUCAGAGUGCAACAAGGAGGGUGCCAGCAGGUUAUUUAAUAUUGAUGAUUACAAGUGCUCAUACUUUACAACAGGAAAGGUAAAACCAUCAACCCUUUCCCUAACAACCCUUGUCGUUAUUGAAAUGCUCAACGCCUUCAAUGCUCUCUCAGAGGAUUGUUCGCUAUUUGUCAUGCCUCCAUGGGCUAAUCCCUAUCUUAUUAUCGCCACUAUUUUCUCAAUUUCAAUUCACUGUAUCAUUCUUUACACACCGUUUCUUGCGCAAGUAUUCAAUGUAACGCCAUUGGACAAGUACGAUUGGUUAGCGGUCGUACUAUGGUCACUACCCGUAAUUAUCAUUGACGAACUACUCAAGUUACUAGGAAAGGUUUGCAAGAGGAAACCCACACUCUACGACACACAGUCAUCAAUCAAAUCUGGAAUGUACACUAGGCUAAGCGGAGAUUCUGUGGAACUAAAACCGGCACUCGUAAACAACAAAAAAAUAGAAAAGAGGCGCACAGCCGGCUAA